GACCGCGAGGUCUCACCCCGAGCCCGAUCGGAAGAGCAGGAGAGCGACUUCUCCUCCGUGGCCUCGCUGAGCCGGCAGUGCACGGAGUUCAGCGAUGUGGUGGCGCAGGACCUCAUGUCGCGGCAGCUCACCGACUUUGCCACGAGGCAGGGGGACUUCUGGCUCCGCAAGUGCACGGAGCCGGUGCCUUUCCGGGGCGGGCGACACCUUGAGCAAGGAGACUUCCUGCGCCAGAGCUCUUGCCCGCCGAUCGGCCUGAAGAAGGAGAACGGAGAGUUCGCGACGAUCCAAGAGGCCAUAGUGCAGGAGGAGCCAGAGGAUGUGGCGGCGGAGGAGGAGGACGACCUCAUCUCGCGGGCCAUCUGUGCGGCCGUGGGGGACUGCCCAUUUUCGGUGGCCGCAGCGGAUCCUACAGGCUUGGACUCCGAGCUGAUCGCUGUGUCGGAGGGCUUUGUGGAGCUCAGCGGUUUCGACCGGGAGGAAGCCGUGGGCGCCAACUGCCGGUUCCUGGGGGAGGGCUGCCCCGCGAGCCCCGUGGAGCUGCGGGAGGCCUGCGACAGCGGCGCGCCUUUCACGUCAAUCCUGGUGAACAAGCGCAAGAACGGCGAGUUUUUCUUGAAUCUUCUGACUCUCCGGGGCCUGGUCUUGGCGAGAAAUCCCCAGUCCGGCGAGGAGCUGUGGAUCCUGAUGUCAGUUCAGCAGGACGUCACCGGCAUAGCCGCAGACGCACUGCCGAGCAACGACGCGCUCAUGCAGAAGGUGGCUCAGCGGGUUGGCCGACGGCUGCUGAAGUAUGCCACAGAGAUCGGCAUCGCGCGGCUGGUCCUGUCGGGCAAAUGCGGAGGCGUGAUAGAUCGCCACGAGGCCGGGGCCGAGUUGCAGCCUGCCCAAGCUCUGGAGGGCCUGUGCCGCUGUGCCCCACCCACAGAAUCGGGGCCUUCUAUGGAUUUGAUCGCCAGACGGCACGGUGUUGCGCCUCCUCUCGCGGCAAUGAUCUCCGAGCAGAAGAGCCGGUGGUACACCUCCCGGAUCUCCGAGAGCAGCUGGCGGGAGGCGAUAGCACUCUUGGCGGAACUGGAGGAGGAGCAGUUGGAAGCUAACACCAUCACCUACAAUGCGGCGAUGAGGAGCUGCGGCUGGCCGAGGGCCUUGCGGGUCCUGCGGGCGAUGCAGGCGAAGGACGUGGCCGCCAGUGUGGUCACCCACAACAGCGCCGCAGGGCCUCGUUGGGCCUUCGCCCAGAGUCUGCUCGCCCGGCUCCCCGAAAAAAGGUUGGAGCCGAGCCUCGUGUCCUCCCACACGCUGCUCCGCGGCUUCGCGACGUCCCGGCGCUGGGAACCCGCGCUGGCAGAGCUGGCGGCGCUGAGCGCGCGGGGCUGCCGCAGGGAGGUGCAGACCUUCAACUCCGUGGCCAGCUGCUGCGGCGCCGUGUGGACGGCGGCCUUCCGGGCGCUCCGCGCGCUGCGGGCGGCGGGGCUGGAGCCCGACGGCUUCGCCAGCGCGGGGAUCAGCGCGGCGGGGCUGUCCGCUUGGCGGCAGGGCGUGGGGCUCCUGCGGCGCUUGGCCUUGGGGGGCCUGGAGCCCAACGUCUACUGCCUGGGGGCGGCGGUAGCGGCCGUCGCGGCGGGGGCGAGUUGGCGGAGGGCCUGGGAGAUGCUGAAGGAGCCCAACCUGGUGAUGUACAACGCCGCAGUGGCUGCCGCCAGGUGGCCACAGGCGCUCUGGCUGCUGGCGGACGCUUCGGCGCGGUUCUCGCUGCGCGCGGACGUGGUCACCUUCAACUCGGCUGCCGCUGCGGGUGCGAAGGCGGAGUCCUGGCGCAGCGCGCUGCGGAUCUUGGAGGACCUGGCACGGCAGCGCCUGCAGAAGAACGCGGCCACGUGCGGCAUCGAGGUGGCCUGCCUGGGCGUGGCCUCCGCCUGGCGCCGGGGCCUCGUCCUGGCCGCGAAAGCCGACGCUGCGGCCUGCGGGGCGUUGGGCGCCGCCUUGGCGCGGCGGGAGCUGUGGGCUGCCGCGGUGGGGCUGCUGGCCUUGGCCCGCGCCCAGCGCAUCCAGGCCAACUCCUUGGUCUUUCUGGGGGCCAUCGCCUCCUGCGAGAACUCGGGCCGCUGGGCGCGGGCGCUGCGGCUGCUGAGCGCCGCCCCGCGCGACCACGAGGCGGGCCGCGGCCCGGUGAACGCGGCGAUCAGCAGCUGCGAGAAGGCGGCGCAGUGGCCGUGGGCGCUUUGCGCGCUGGGGGCGCAUGGCUGGGAGGUGGUGGGCUGCAACUCGGCCUUGGCGGCCUGUGAGAAGGCGGCCUGGCGCCUGGCGCUGCGUCUGCUGGCUAAGAUGCAGGCGGCCAAGGUCUCGGGGAAUCUGACCACCUACAAUGCGGCCAUCACGGUUUGCGGGCACCACCGGCUCUGGUUGCAGGCAGUGGCGCUGCUGCCGCAACUUCCGGCGCCCGACGUCAUGAGCUACUUUCAGCUGACGCGCUGCACGGAGGGCGGGGGCGGUUUUCGCCAGGCCGCAGGGUGGCUGGAGGCGGCGGAGCAGCGGGCUGCGGAGGGACUGCGGGGAGCUGAUGGCACCGGACGGGCUUCUCCAAUUUGAGCGCAAAUCGAAGGUGGGUGGCUUGUCCAUUGAAGAAGCCGGUCCGUCCGAACUGUUUUGGAACUGUUUUGUUUGUCUUUUGUGACGUGCAGCGUCAAGAGCGGUUUGGGCUGCCCAUCUGUCCUGCGGGAAGAUGGGCGGCGCAACUGGCGUUUUGCGAGCGCGCGAGGGACAAAA